AUGUGUGAAACUACUCCGGAAGAAAUUUUACAAGGUAACUCUCACGGGCUAGUAGAUUAUGAGCCGAAACUUGGACUUGAGUUUGAUAGUGAUGAGAAUGCACUUAAUUUUUACAAUGAGUAUGCAAGAAGGGUUGGUUUUAGUGUUCGCAGAGAGUAUGUCAAUACAAAUAAGAAAUUAGGUUAUGUGACGUCACGGAAGAUUACAUGUUACAAGGAGGGUUUUCGUAGGAAUGAUAAACAAAAAGAACAAGUUAAAAAAUCCCGAAGAGAAACUCGAACAGGGUGUCAAGCUCAUAUUAUUGUUACCCGUCAGUCAAUGGGAAAGUACCGUAUUACUAAAGUUGAGUUGGAACAUAAUCAUUCUCUUGUUCCAUCGACAAUGGUUCAUAUGUUGCCAUCUCACAGAAAGAUAAACGAAGUUCAGGCUCAUGAAAUAGAUUUAGCAGAGGAUGCUGGAUUAUUUUCUAAAGCGACAUUUGAUUUUAUGAGUCUUCAAGCUGGUGGCAGAGUAAAUUUGGGUUACACCAAGUUAGAUCAGAAGAACUACCUCCGAACAAAACGACAAAAAGCUAUGAGACAAGGGGAAGCAGGAGUGCUAUUAGAAUGCUUUGAGAAGAAGAGAAUUGACGACCCAUCUUUCUUUUCUGCGGUACAGUUGGAUGUUGAUGACAUGAUCACAAAUAUAUUUUGGGCAGAUUCAAAAAUGAAAAUAGACUAUGAGACUUUUGGAGAUGUGCUCUCAUUUGAUACCACUUACCAGACGAAUAGAGAGCACCGACCCUUGGCUAGUUUCGUUGGAUUGAACAAUCAUAGGAAAAUGGUUGUUUUCGGAGGUGCUUUAAUGUAUGAUGAGACUUCAGAGUCAUUUCAGCGGUUGUUUGAGACAUUUUUCAAAGCGAUGUUCGGAAAAAAACCGAUAACAAUUUUUACAGAUCAAGAUGCUGCUAUAAGUAAGGCUAUCUCACUCGUGAUGCCUGAAGUUCAUCACAGGUUGUGCGUCUGGCACAUGGAGCAAAAUGCAACUAAACAUCUCAAUCAAAUUUAUAAAAGGUACGCUUCCUUUCGUGGUGAUUUUAGACGAUGCAUUUACGUGUAUGUGGAUGAGGACGAAUUUAUAAAUGCUUGGAAUAGCAUGCUUGAUGAAUAG